AUGGACACUCCAGGUGGAGGUGUUAUUCUGUAUGCGCGCUCCUCAGGCAGCGGCAGCCCUAGCCCUGGCAGCCCGUCCAGUGGGUACCAGACCCAGUCCCCCUCCUCCACCCUCUCCCAGCCCUCCUCCCCAGAGGAGAUCACCUUCACAGAACUCGGGCCCCUGGGGUCCCUGAAGGGCCAGAGAGGGGGAGGAUGCACACCUCCAUCCUCCAAGCUGGUGUUCCACUUCCCAGAAGUCUACAAUGUGGCUACAUCAACGUCCACCCACCAGCACACAUACCAACACCCCAUCGCUGGGAAAAGGCCUAGUGGAUUCACAGGACCUUUCACCAAGACUGGUGGUAUGGUGCUCCUGUGUACAGUGUGUGGAGACAUUGCAUCUGGGUUCCACUACGGAGUGCACGCCUGUGAGGGUUGCAAGGGCUUCUUCCGUCGCAGCAUUCAGCAAAACAUCAACUACAAGAUGUGUGUGAAGAACGAGAACUGCCUCAUUAUGAGAAUGAACCGCAACCGCUGCCAACACUGUCGCUUCAAGAAAUGCCUCUCCGUGGGCAUGUCCAGAGAUGCUGUGCGUUUUGGCCGUAUCCCUAAGAGGGAGAAGCAGAGGCUUCUGGAUGAGAUGCAAAGCUACAUGAACAGCCUGAACGAGUCUAACACCAUGGACAUAGAGUCCUCCCCCAUCUCCGAAGCCCCUCCCAGCCCAGCAGAGGUUCCUUCCAAAGAGGCCAUCAGAGCCAUCUCACGGGCCUAUCAGGACAUCUCUUCCAGCAGCCAAGACAGGGCAGCCAAGAGGGAACUCAACAUCACCAACUUACCAACAACAUCUCUGUUCAAGAGCAACACAUCUCAGGAGACCAGCUACACCAAUGGCUCCUCCCACCUCGGGUCUGACUCCACCCAGGGGUACCAGUCCUGUCCUGCAGGCCUUGCCCCUCACUGCCCAGACACUAAUGACAACCACCAUACGUUCCCCUCUGUGGACAAAAGAAGCUAUAGUUGCCCCGCUACUUUGUCCAAUCAUGACCACGGACAGUCUAAUGUGGGCACACCUCAACGAGGCAGCUCGGCCAAUCACAACAGUUUCUCCAUGAAGGAAGAGACCCAAGAGCCCCAAAUUCAGACAUCCUGUCCGUGGAAAUUAGCUGCUGGAACCAAAGUGCUGGCCUGUCCUCUCAAUGCGUGUCCUGUAUCUGCGGCCAGUCGUUCUGGACAGCAGAUAUGGGAGUCUUUCUCCCAGUGUUUCACCCCGGCAGUGAGGGAAGUGGUGGAGUUCGCUAAGGGUAUCCCUGGCUUCCAGGAGCUCAGCCAGCACGACCAGGUCAUGCUGCUCAAAUCAGGCACCUUCCAGGUGUUGAUGGUGAGGUUCUGUACAAUGUUUAACCCUGAGGAGCGGACGGUGACCUUCCUGAAUGGCCAGACGUACCCUCUGUCCACCCUGCGGGCGCUGGGGAUGGGGGCGCUGCUCGACGCCAUCUUUGACUUCAGUGAGAAGCUGGGAACUCUGAGGCUGGAGCCUGAUGAGAUGGCUCUGUUCAUGGCCGUGGUGCUGGUCUCUGCAGACCUUUCUGGCAUCGUUGAUAUGGGGGCAGUAGAACAGCUCCAGGAGGGGUUAAUCCGUGCCCUGCAUUCCCUCAUCCACUGCCGUCGUCCUGAAGAGAGCGCGUCCAUCUUCCCCAAGCUGCUCCUGCACUUGCCCGAUCUGCGCACCCUCAACAACCUGCACUCCGACAAGCUGCUGGCCUUCCGGAUUGACUCAUGA